CUGACAAACUUACAAGCUAAUAAACUAACCUCAUCCUUAAAGUAGGUAGAAGAGUUCACUGGGUUGGCUUUUUAAAUAAAACUAGUCCUCUUAUACAAAAGUUAAAAGAUAAGUAACAGUUACGGCUAUAAAACUGUGCUCGCACAGUAUCCAUUUAUAUAAUCCGAAGAAAACCCAUCUUUAAACAACCACUAGACUGUGUUAGCAUGCUAGCUGAGUAAAGAGAGGAACCGUCCCGACGCCAUGUUGACCAAAACAAAAUGGCUGAACAGGAGAUUAGUUGACAAAGUCAGCUGGCUGCAGUUAUAGUUUCUACAGGCUGCUUUUCAGAGGCUAAGGCAAUGCCAUCAUGUGAUGUGUUGAACGUUUAACAAGAAGAGCUAAACUGCACGGUUAAAUACACGGUGAUCAUGAUCAAGUUCCUGCUGAUGGUGAAUAAGCAGGGCCAGACCCGCCUGUCUAAGCAUUAUGAGCAUGUGGACACGGGGAAGAGAGCUGCUCUGGAGGCCGAUGUGGUCAAGGCCUGUCUGUUCAGGAAGAAAGACGAGUGCUCAUUUGUGGAGUAUAAGGACUACAAACUGGUGUAUCGGCAGUAUGCAGCUCUUUUCAUUGUAGUUGGCAUCACUGACAACGAAAAUGAACUCUCCAUUUAUGAGCUCGUCCACAACUUUAUUGAAGUGCUUGACAAGUACUUCAGUCGUGUGAGUGAAUUAGAUAUAAUGUUUAAUUUGGACAAAGUACACAUCAUUCUUGAUGAGAUGAUCUUAAACGGACACAUCGUGGAGACCAACAAGAACCGCAUACUUGCACCACUGCUGGCCUUAGACAAGAUGGCAGAAGGAUGAAUGAAGGAGCUGCACUUAGGAAGCAUGAACUGUAUGAUCAGGAACAUGCACUGUUAAAUAUUCAGUAAUGAUUUCCUCAUUGUGUUGGUAUUUAGAAAUAGUGGCUUUAACUACAGUCAAGACAUUUUAUUAGGUAGAGUAUACGAUAGGGGCUGACAAAUUGUGCACAGCAACAGCACCUCUGUACCCUAUCCAUCGCAUCAUUAGCCCGCACAUUUGAACUGUAUUUGUUCAUAGAACACGCUAAACAUUACAUGGUUCUAUGUGUUCAUGAAACUUGACAACAACUCAAAGCUUAUGACUAAAAUACAAGCACCUGAAUGGAACACACAGCACUAAUCAUACUUUGCAAACAUUUUAAUGAUUAUUUUGGAGCAUACACAUUUGAAAAUAUUUGUUUACUUCAAACUGCAACUUGUGUUAAAUAAAUGUUUAUAAUAUACAAAGAAAAUACAAGGAGAAGCAUAGCUUUUCAUUUUUUCCUUUUCCAAAUGUGCCUUGCACACAACCAGUGUUUUUGUCUCUAUAGCUUUAUUGUAAAAUUACACAAAUGCACUCAGGGAGUCUGAUAAUUUUAGCAGGGUGAUGAAUAUUUGAAACAUACACAGUAACAGCUAGGAGAUGAAGAAAAGAAAAUAGAAGAGGAAGUAAGUGGGGAAAAACAGCA